AUGUGGAAGACAUGGCGCGCCCCUCACCGCGCAUCAUGUCUCCUCCAUCCCGCCCGCCGCACCCACACCUCCGAUACCCGCCCCUUCGCCGCGGGUGACAUCCUCCUCCUCCGCCAAAAGCUCGACCAAACCGCGCCUCCGAUCCUCACGCGCCCGCUGAAAAGCGGCCUGCAACUGCACACCCACAAAGGCGUGCUGAACCACGACGACAUCAUCGGCAAGCGCGUGCGCGAUGUCGUCAGGACUGCGCCGCUGCGGUCGGGCAAAGCUGGGACGGAGUAUAGAUUGCAUCACGUCAAGUUGGAGGAGUAUGUGCGCUUGAGUCGCAGGCUUGUCACGCCUAUUUAUCCCGCCGAUGCGAAUCUCAUCGUCGAUUUACUCGAUCUUCACGUCGUGCCGUACAGUGGCAACACACCCGCUAAUGACGGCAAUGAGCGGCUGGAAAUCCUCGAAGCAGGAACCGGCCACGGCGCUCUCUCCCUCUACCUAAGCCGCGCAAUCCACGCCGCCAACCCUCCUCCCCCAGAAGCACCAGGUGACGAAACAGUCUUGGAUGAAUGGAAAGCAACCCGCCGCGCCAUCCUCCACACAAUCGACUGCUCCGCCAAAUUCUCCAACCACGCCUCAUCCAUCGUCGCCGCUUUCCGCCGCGGAAUGUAUCACGCCAACAUUGACUUCCACGCCACGGACGUGAGCGCCUGGACGGCUAAAGCCCUCGCAUUAAGGAACCAGCUGCCCUUCCUCGCGCACGCCUUCCUCGAUCUUCCCAAUGCGGAUACGCAUUUGGGUAUUGUGGCGCGCGCGCUGCGAACGGACGGCUGCUUGAUUGUGUUCAACCCGAGCAUUACGCAGAUUCUGGACUGUGUGCGGCGCAUUCGCGAGGAAGGGAUUGGAUUGGAGAUGGAGAAUGUGCUUGAGUUGGGGAUUAAUGGCGGUUCGGGCGGGAGGGAAUGGAACGUAAGGGCUGUGAAGCCUAGGGGCAAGAAAGUAGUGGACGAGGAAAGUGAUGAUGGGGAGAUGGCUGCUGGGAUUGUCGAGAGCAGCGAUGGAGAAGUCGACGGUCCACCGCGCGAAGAGGCCGUGCGUGAAGAAUCGAAUGCCUCCGACGAUUGGAAGACAAUCUGUAGACCCAAAGUCGGCGAUCGCAUCGUUGGCGGCGGCUUUCUGGGAAUCUGGAGGAAGCGUCGCGAUAUGCGAGAUGAUUGA